ACGGUGUAAAUUAUUCCAUGUUUCCUUUUAUUAUCAUUCAUCGUUUACGAAACGUCGAUUGACCAACACGCAAUCAGUAGCGCUUAGAACGCGCGCCAGUUGUGAUAUUAUUUAAAUAAAUGAAAUCACUGUAUUACUGACAUCUAGGUCAAAUAAUAUACCUAAAAUUUAAUUGAUUAAUCAAUGUAAUCAAAAAAUUGUGCUGUAACUGGCUGAUUUUUUUUAAAUUUAGAAUUUAAAAUGAAAAGUAAACUAAUUGGUUUGCUCUUUUUGUGGUGUACUAUUUUAAAAGUGGAUUGUUUGAAAUUGAAUAAGGUUUUCAUACUCAGUAGGCAUAAUCUUCGAACUCCUUUGACGGACAAAUUGCAACAUGUUACACCUUUUUUGAUGCCGAAAUGGGACACAAAAUCUGGAUUUUUGACAUCAAAAGGUUUCUCACUAGAGGAAUAUAUGGGUGAAUACUUCAGUGACUGGUUAAGAAAAGAAAGACUGUUUACAGAUCUGUGUCCUAGUGAUGAUUCAGUAUUUCUUUACUCAAAUGUUAAGCAAAGAACUAUUGAAACAGCGAAGGCGUUCGCAAAAAGUGCUUUCAAAAAUUGCAAUGUUACUGUAUAUAACAAGAAAUCGGCUGUGGAUCCAGUAUUCAAUCCCAUAAUAACAAACACUUCAGAAGUUUUUAAAGAACUUUAUACAGCCAGCAUGCAGAAAAAAUUAAACAAUUUGAAUUUAGAAGACGCAUAUAUAGAACUAGACAAAAUAAUAGAUAUAAAAAAUUCGGAAAUAUGCAAAAAGGAAUCAUUUUGCGAUUUGAUUGAUAAUAAGGAUGUCAUUUUAUUUAGUUUAGGUGAGGAGCCAAACGUGUUUGGGCCGUUAUCCAUUGGCAACUCUUUGGUUGACGCUUUCUUGAUGAGCUAUUAUAGUGGUGCAAGAACUGAAGACAUCGCUUGGGGGAAAAUUAACUCUGAAGAACAAUGGAGAAAACUAUUAGAAAUAACGUGGGAAAAUCAAAAUGUGAGAUUUAAUCACACGUUAGCGAAUGACAUUGCAAGGCAAAUGUUGAAUGUUUUGAAAAGCGCUUUCCUUGAAGACAAUUUGGCGCGAAAAUUCACAAUGUUGGUUGGCCACGAUUCAAACCUUAACGCAAUUAUGGCAGCGCUGAGAUUUAAAAGCUACGUUUUGCCAGGUCAGUAUGAAAAAACUCCAAUAGGCGGGAAAAUAGUGUUUCAAAAAUGGCGCGAAGACACUAAUGAAUAUUUGAAAGUGGAAUAUGUUUAUCAGACUAUGGAGCAACUCAGAAAUGGAUCUAAAUUGUCAAAGGAGAAUCCACCACAGUCAGUUGUAUUGGAAUUAAGAGAUUGUAAAAUUAACGAAAGUGGAUUUUGUCUUUGGACUGACUUUGUAAGCAUACUCAAAAAUAUAAAUUGAUUUUGUAAUUAAUGGCAUUCUUUCUUUAAUUACCUACAUCUUAUCCAUUGUUGCUAUUAUACUCACUAAUGAGCCUUAAAUAUCUAUCAGGUUUUCCUUUUGUUUACAUAAAUAGAUAAUAAAUUAUAAAUAGAGCAGGUCAAAGAU